AUGUCCAGUUCGAGACCCAGUGCGGCUGAUACGCCUCUGCUGAGAGUCUCAAGACCGGUUUCUGCAUGCUCGAGAUGCCGCUCUGCUAAAAUUAAGUGCGACGGCAAACUUCCAGCUUGCACUGCUUGUGAGAAAUCCGGGCGGGCUGGGGAGUGCUCAAGCGCCAACGACCAGUUUGCCAAAGGGAAAGAAAGAAGCUAUGUCGCCUCACUUGAAUCGCGCGUUGAGAAGCUUGAAAGGAGAAUCGCCUACGCAAGAUCUCGCAAAGCAUCUGUUGCUAUGCAUGAUGUUGAUGAACCCGUCCAACCACCGGAUCGCAAAGACUCCCUUGCAACCAUACGAGCGGCGAUUCACGGAAAGGCGGCGAGACGAAGAGAGGUGGCGGACGUGAAUGAGCUAGUAUCUGAUUUUGGUUACCUUUCAGUUAAUGCAACGACCCGAGAUUUCGAGUCGUCCACGACUCACAUGACAUUUGGGCGUUUGAUCCUCGCUGCAACCAACCUCGAGCCAGUCCCGGAUCCUAAGCCCCUUCAACUCCCACCCAGGGGAGCUUCCAUGGCAUUAGUCCAAUAUUACCUGGAUAACAUCUAUGUACUUUUCCCUGUAUUCUCCGAGACAGCCCUACUCAACUCUCUCGAUGCCAUAUACCAAGAAAAUGGACGUCCCGUUACGGAUUUUGAGUCGUGGCUAUUCUAUAUGGUCCUUGCUAUAGCAACUAUCAGCCAAUCCUGUAGCAACAGAGACAACCUCUAUGGAGAUGGCCUGAAUUGGGUUGGACGGGCCUUGCAAUAUGCCGACAAAGCCCUCAUGCCGGGAUACGUGUCGCAAAUACAAGCUUUGGUGUUGCUUGUGCAAUACUCGAUGUUAGAUCCUGCUCAUUUUGAUAGCUGGCAGUUGAUUGGAUUUGCCUGUCGCGCGGUAGUUGAUUUGGGGUUUCACCAGGAUCCACCCAAGGAAGAACAGGUCGAGAAAAAGACCAUGGAGAUGCGGCGUAGGAUAUUUUAUUGCGUUUAUUCCCUUGAUAGGUCCAUCAGUAUGGUUCAUGCCAGGUGCUUCUCGUUCACGGACGACUCGGCGGGCGUGGCAUUUCCAUCAUUGCACGGUGGAGCAAGUCGAGGGGCAGCUGCAAACUCCUUGACCGGGCCUCAUUCACUUGAGCCCGCUAGUCUUAUGUUUCCACUACGAUACACUCAAUCGUCCUGGUACCAGGAACUGUUCCAGUCUAGUCGGGCGCCUCUACAAAAUCCAACCCUCUAUAUCUGGCAGGUGUGCCAGGAGAUGCACGAAUGGUCCGAGUCUUUCCCGGAUAGCCUGCCGCUCCACUUCAAGGACUUUUUCGACUUGGAGCUUCUGUACAGCUAUGUUUACUGCUUAGCGCCAUCUUGUCGAGUACCAUCUGUAUCUGCCUAUGGUAAGACAUUGAUCUUCGAGUACAGCAUUGCGUAUAUGCAAAAGAUAUUCCCAAUCAGCAGAGAUCCCAUCAACAAGGCGUUUUAUACCUACCACGAUGCACUAAGGGUAUAUUUUGUGGGCAGCCAAUUUCUGGCUGUCCUCAGGGAGGACCCAGAUCAACUUUUGAAUGGCGUCCUACCGUAUACUCCCGUCGCUGCAGGUUCUCCUCCACCGCCGCCGUUACCAAGCAACGCUGGAAUCGAUGGUGUUGACAGGAGUAUCAAUUGCGUAACACACAUCACAGAAACUCUGGUGGCUUUUGGUCACCGUUGGGAUGACUCGAAAACCCUCCUAUCAAGCUUUAAAUGCCUUGCUGACCCUAUCCUCGCUAUGCUGCACCGGAGGAAACAACGGCUCAAGGAAACACCGCGACCAAGUCACAGCCCCCCGGGGUUCAUGCCACAACCCCCCUUCGAUCAUAGGCCAAACAUAUCUACUGAUGGAUGGCCAAGUGCGAUGCCGGUAUUUUCAAAUAAUACAUCUCUGCAAGGAGCGCAUGGACUUGGACUCGGACAAACAAGAUAG